AGGAAUAACUUACCAAAAAGGCUAGAGCAUACUGGCUAGUCAACUGAAACGAAACAGUCACCUAGCGAAGGAAAAAGGGAUAAUUUUUAGUACUUGGUUCAGCCCCUCAGAAAGAUGCUUCCUAGAUUUCAGUAGUCCCAGUUUUAGAAGAAAUUGACGUCAACUCUGAUGUUUGACUUUCACAGUAAAAGGUCACCCAUACAAGUAAUACAAGAGUUGUUGCUGAAUGGUUCAGUGUCGUGGGUUUACUCUCAGACUUUGUUGUGAUUAUUUGGAGUAAUGGGAACAGUUCUGAGCAUCUUCCCACAAGGACCAAAACCUACUUUUGAAGUGCACGUUCCAACUAAUGAGCAACACAAGAACGCUAAAGUUAAGAAAAAAAGCAGUUCCCAGCAGCAGUAUGGCCAUUUCAAGAAGCAUUCCCUGUUCAUCAACGCUCUCACGUGGAAAAAACACAUCAGCGUGUCUGGUAAAAGGAAAAGUGACAAGAAUAAGAACACGACAUCUCGACACCCACUGGAUAACAUCGACUCUCUUGUGGCCAAUAAAAAUAAUAUACAGAAGUCAUCCUCGAGUUAUAACUUGAAAGCUACCAGCAUUGGAACAGUGGACUUGGAAGUUAAAAAUAAUAAUUUUCAAAAAGUCGCUCUUCCGUCCGUACUAUCAAAGCCUGUAGUAUUAUCGGGACACAACUUGGUCCGUCCUACUCUUCCUGGAGCCCUGAGAGCCACAGUUGAGCCCAGAAUACAGCCUGCAAGCACGCCCAGGAAAACGGUGAUCCAGGCAUCCACCUCGGAGCUACUGAGCUCACUGGGAGAGUUUUUGUCGAAGAAGUGUCGGAAGAUAAGGAAUUUCUAUGCUGAUGACGCUGUAACGUGGCUUAGGACAGUAGAUAGGUCAUUGCUGAUCCAGGGUUGGCAGGAUGUUGCCUUCAUCAAUCCAGCAAACGUGGUUUUUCUGUACAUGCUGGUCAGGGAACUGGUCACUGAUGACAUUGACAGCGAGAGGGAGCUGCAGGCAAUCGUGCUAACCUGUUUGUACCUCUCUUACUGUUACAUGGGGAAUGAAAUCUCCUACCCACUGAAACCUUUUCUGGUGGAGGAGACUCGGGAAAUAUUUUGGGACCGCUGUCUUCUCAUCAUCAAUCUUCUUAGCGGGAAGAUGCUACGUAUCAACAAAGAGCCCAGUUUCUUCACAGAAAUGUUUACUGAACUAAAGGCUUGUUAUACGAUGUCUGACUACCAGUGACUGACCACUAGGUGGCGAAGUUUUAAUACAUAUGCAUGUACAUAUAAUUGAGGUAAACUCCAGGUUCGAAGAUAAAACAUGGGCUGUAAAAAUCAGAACUUCUUUGACUGCACCAUCUCAGCUAAAUUGACAGUAAACUAAUUAGUAUCUGUCCAUUUCUAUAUUGUGAAACGUGAACUUUGUCUUACUUUGUACAGUUACAGUUUCUCAUCCACAUUACUUAGCUCGUGUCACCCUCAGCUUGUUCUCUCAAUAUACUUAAUGUAGCCCUUGCAACUCUGGAGUUAACUUAAAGAAGGUAACGUAUU